AUGAGUGUCAGUGUCCAAAUUUACAAAUUCUCAUCCCCACAAGUCGUUAAUAACGAGUCUUUACUAACACGGGUUCUGAACAGAGGCUACGAUUUACCAAGGUUCAAAUAUAAUGUCAUCACUACCCCAAGGAUCAAGAACUCAUUGGUGGAAGAUUUGGGCGUAAGCCCCCUACAGGAUAGCUAUGUUUUCUUCUGUAUUGCCAAUGACGAACCUACAGAGGAUAAACAUAUUGGCUGUGAUGAACCACUCGAUGAUUACGAGCAAACCACCGAGAAGCUGAAGCUCCGUUACCCACACAUUGCAGUAAAUGACGUCCAAAGGUGCUACGACAAUAGCGUUGACGAAACUCGAUCUGAUCUGCCACUGCCAAAGCCCCUAGAAGACAGAUUGCUAUCAAUGGCUGCCUUAAAACCACAUCACACAGAGUCUGGACAGGCAUUUGAAGUGACUGGGUUUGUUUCGUUUUAUAAAGGAGCCGGCUCGUUGGUUAUAAGAGAAGCUGAGCAAUUUGCCGCCAAGUUCCUGGGUGCCUCACAGAUCUGGGUCACUGCCAUCAAGGAACAUCAAUUACGAGAGAUGUACGAGAAAUGGGGGUACAAUUUUGUCGAGCACAUCUAUGUACCGCUUGCAUCAAACGGUGAGGUCGACAACUCAGGAUCUUCCUUAGAGAAUGACAUUGGAGCAACCAGACCCUUCUAUCUGGAAGUUAUGAUGAAGAGUGUCUAA